AUUGGGACAUGCUUAUACACUACACUUCGUAAAAAUAAAAAGGAAGCGGCAAGAGUAUUGAAGUUAUAAUUUUAACAUUAAGCAAUAAACUGUUUAUUGUUUAUUAACAUUAUCAACUUUCGAAUUAAAUCAAUAUUGUUUUAAUAUAUUGAACAGAAACAUGAAGGAAAAUGAAACGGAUACAAAAAGUGCAAUAAAGAAUCGAGAAUCUCUCUACAGAUUAAUAAUCAGCCAACUUUUUUACGAUGGUCACCAGACACUUGCUGUUCAAUUAUCCAAUACCAUACAAGCAGAGCCGCCAUGCCCUCCAUCAGAUCGUUUAUAUCAUUUAAUGUUAACUGGGAUCUCCCAUGAACCGGAUCGUUCUAAAAAAGAGCUUGGAAGUAAUUGCACUUUUUCAUCACUGGAUAAUACUAUCGGUCCGGGUUUAGACUUGGAAUUUGAAACUGAAGCUCAGGUACAAGCACCAGAACCCGCUCAAUAUGAAACUGCAUACGUCACUUCUCACAAAGGCAAUUGCAGAGCAGGCGCUUUUUCUGCUGAUGGGCAGUUAAUCGCUACUGGGUCAGUGGAUGCAUCAAUUAAAAUAUUAGAUGUCGAUAGAAUGUUAGCAAAGUCUGCACCUGAUGAAGUAGUAGCUAGUGAUCAAACUGGAGGUCAUCCGGUAAUUCGAACUUUAUAUGAUCAUCUUGAAGAAGUAACUUGUUUAGAAUUUCAUCCCAGAGAACCUAUUUUAGUAUCUGGAAGUCGUGACUUUUCAAUAAAACUGUUUGAUUAUAGUAAAGCGAGUGUUAAAAAAGCAUUUCGUACAAUCACAGAUGCCGAUCAAAUAAGAUGUCUAUCAUUUCAUCCAACUGGCGACUUUUUAGUGGUUGGUACAAACCAGCCAGUCGUUCGAUUAUAUGAUGUUAAUACUGCUCAAAGUUUUGUAUGCAGCAUACCAAAUCACCAGCAUACAGCUGGAAUAACUAGUAUCAAAUAUUCACCGGACGCAAAAACUUAUGCUUCAGCUGGAAAAGAUGGAAGUAUUAAAUUAUGGGAUGGUGUUUCUAGUAGAUGUAUAAAUACUUUUGUGAAAGCACAUGAUGGAUUUGAAGUGUGUUCUGUAGCUUUUACACGAAAUGGAAAGUAUUUACUAUCGUCUGGAAAAGAUUCAUUAAUUAAAUUAUGGGAAUUAUCAACCAGUAGAUGUCUUAUAGCAUAUACCGGUGCUGGAACUACAGGAAAACAAGAACACAAAGCACAAGCUGUUUUCAAUCACACGGAAGAUUAUGUAAUGUUCCCAGAUGAAGCAACAACUUCUUUAUGUGCAUGGAAUUCGAGAAAUGCGUCUAGGAAGCAGUUACUCUCAUUAGGACAUAAUGGACCUGUCAGAUUAAUUAUUCAUUCUCCAGUAGCUCCUGCAUUUUUAACUUGUAGCGACGACUUUAGAGCUCGUUUUUGGUUCAGAAGAAUGCCUACUCACUAGUGUAGGUGAAACGUGAUAAUUACAUAAAAAUGAACAUAAUAGAGUUUUUGUGUAAAUUAUUUAUUUUUCUAUUUACUUCGUCUUUAGAUUUCUAUUAAUUAAAAAAAAUAAUAAAGAAAAUAUUUUUAAAAUUUUAAUUAAAUCCUUAGAAUUGUGUAGAUUGGAAAUUUUCAAUAAUCUUAUAAAAUUCUAUUUAAAAGCAA